GCAGAAGACAACACCACGCCCCCGUAUCUGCUCCCUGGCCCAUCUGAUUGCUGUUGCUGGUUACUGUCAAUGGGUAGUCUGCUCCACUGCUGGAUGUAGCCGCAGCCGCUAUAAGGGAAACGAAAUUACAAUACAUUGAUGCAGUGUUGAAAAGACAAUUGGACUCGGAUUCGAUGAGCGCAUUGGACUAGCCCUUGAGGCUUCCGGUGCUCCUGUUUUAGUAUUGGCGAUGCUGCUGUGAACAGUGAAGACUUCAAGCUGGCCUGUGUUUAUAUUAACUGGGCCCCAUUCUAGUCAGCGGCAUGGUGCAGCUUUUAGAUGGUUUUCGUCGCGGCACCGGCGGCCAGAAGUUCUUCUUCGCCCUCUCGCUCGGAGUGGCGUUCGGCUUCAUGUCCGCCUACCUGAUGCUGUCGGUGACGCAGGGUGACCUGUUCCUCAACAGUGCCCACCUGACAGACGAUGGCCUCGGCCGGCAUGACCCCCACGACCACAGAGACGCCGAUAACAUGCAAGACGGGCCCAGCAUGGAUGUUGGCUCGCACGCCGUCGACGAGGAGUUCCACGAAGGUGAGGACGAGGAAGCCAAAAAACUAGCCAAAGAGGUGAGGGUGCUGUGUUGGGUGAUGACUAACCCUGCCAACCACAAAAAGAAAGCCAAACACGUAAAAGCAACGUGGGGCAAACGUUGUAACAUUUUGCUCUUCAUGAGCUCGCAAAAUGACACUUCUUUGCCAGCCGUCGCGCUGCCCGUGUCCGAGGGGCGCAACAACUUGUGGGCCAAAACCAAAGAAGCAUUUAAGUACGUGCACCAGCACUACUUCGAUCAGGCUGACUGGUUCAUGAAAGCAGACGAUGACACGUAUGUGGUCGUAGAAAACUUGCGAUACAUGUUAUCGCCGUAUAACCCAUCUGAAGCUUUAUAUUUUGGCUGCCGUUUCAAGCCAUAUGUGAAGCAGGGUUACAUGAGUGGAGGUGCAGGGUACGUUUUAAGCAGGGAAGCGCUCAAAAGAUUUGUGGUUGAUGGCAUCCCAAACCCGAAAAAGUGUCGCCAGGAUCACGAUGGUUCUGAAGACGUGGAAAUGGGAAAGUGUCUAGAGCGGGUGGAUGUCAAAGCGAUGGACACGCGGGAUUCGCUUGGCCGGGGCCGCUUCUUCCCAUUUGUUCCUGAGCACCACCUCAUUCCUGGCCAUACAAACAAAGACUUUUGGUACUGGAAGUACAUUUAUUACCCUAGUGAGGAAGGCAUGGGUUGCUGCUCAGAUUCUGCCGUAUCAUUCCACUACGUGAGCCCAAACCUGAUGUAUGUGCUCGAGUACUUAAUCUACCACCUGCGGCCGUAUGGCAUCACAGGCCACAUCCACCCUGACAGAAAAACAAGCACAGUGGGAACAAACUCAUAGGCGCAGUGGCCCGAUUUGUGUCAUACGCGAUCCGCGCUUCUAGUCCAUGAAAAUUCUAAGACUUGAACAGUGAUGAGAAAUCAGCAGUGUGCAUUCUAUUGAUUUUUUUGAGGACUGCUAAAAAGUACUUUGAAAUCAGGAAAAUGUUGUGUUAUGAAAUUGUUAAGACUUUGUUCUUUAGUCAAGGGUCAAUGAAGUCAGUUGAUUUAUUUAUUUUUUAUUUUACGUCUAAAAAUAAACGUGAAUGACAAGCA